AUGUCCACUACUCCCUUCCAAAAAGUCAAAAUUUCAAUCCGACCCGCCAUUGAAGAAGACAUCCCAAGGUUAAACACCAUCGAAACUUCCGCCGCACAGCUUUUCUGUACUGUCAAUCUCGCCUGGGUCGCCGACUCUCCGCCCUUGGAUCCGGCAACCCUGCGCUCAAUGAUCAUACAGCAGAACGUAUGGGUAGCAGUCACAGCAGACAACACAGAAGUUGGUUUCAUUGCCGUGCAGGAGCUAGACGGAAUGUUGUACAUCGCUGAGAUGGAUGUUCAUGCAAACUGGCAGAGGAGGGGUGUUGCGCGGAUGAUGCUUGAGGAGGCGGAAAGGCAGGCGAGAGACAGGGGAUAUGAGUAUGUUUCUCUCACGACGUAUCGGGAUUUGGAGUUUAAUGGACGGUUCUAUGCGAGGAUGGGGUUCGAGGAGGUUGAUGUGGACAUCGCUGGUGAGGGACAUGGACGGGAGUUGGAGGAGCAGGCGCGGUGUGGCCACGAUAGAGCCAGGAGAUGUGUGAUGCGGAAGAGUGUCGCAGUGUAG